CUGUGAACAAGUUUAGAGGAGCAACUGCCUGUGUCAGAAGGCAGAAAUGGGACCAAUCACAACUUGUGAGCUGCUGAAUGACGCCGGGAGUCCUGCCUCUGAAACUUUUGUUAUUUUUUCCCCUCAGCGUACUUCAAUUGUUCCCACAACUUGGUGACAGACUCGGACAAGUUGCCAGAGAUCUACAGACGCUUCCCACAGCCCCGAGCAGGAUCCUCUGUGCUUCACUAACAGUCACACCAGAGGUGGGUGACAGCACCAUGGAGGAUUAACAAGCAAGCUCCACAAAGGCUGUCUAAAACAAAAAGAGAAGAUAAUAGGCACUUUGCACUGUUCCUGACAACUUCUCUUCUUUCCUGCACUCCUAAAACCUCUGAUUUGUGCCCUCUGCUUUCUUGUUGCCAUGGAGAAGGUCCAAUACAUAACCCGCUCUGCUCUGAGGAGAGCCUCAACUAUUGAGGUCAACCCACAAGCACGCCAAAGGCUCCAAGAGCUGUUUGUGAAUUUCUGCCUGAUUUUAAUUUGCCUCUUGCUGAUCUGUAUCAUUGUGAUGCUCCUCUGAAGCUCCAGCACUUCUCUGCACUGUCCUCUAGGAAAGUGACCCCAGAGGGAAGAGACACCUGCACCUGCAACUCCCAAUGCAAGGAUCCUCUCGUGAGAGGGGCUAGCACUUGGACUAGAGCUGUAUGCCAACCAUCGCACUAUUCUCUUACUACCUGCUACAUGUAUUAAAAACACACUUCUUCUGUGCAGAA